GCAGAAAUUGAAGUGUUUUUCCCCCAUCUGUAGGUAGAGCAGGUCAGCAUGUUCUGCCUUGGCCCCCAAGCCAGCGCCCUAGUCAAUACAGUGGCGAACAGAAGCCAGUCUGUUCUGGGCUUAGCCUUUCUCCCUAGCCUGACAGACUCUGCCACCAGAAGACAAUGGUGUAAAAUUUCAUUUCCCCUCAUAUAUAAAUAAUACCAUUUCCCACCAUCACCAACCAUUAAGACACCAAGAAAAGUUGUUUUGUUUCAAAUAAGUUUUUCUUGACACAUAAUACUGUAUUGUGUAUUUCAUUAUGCUUUUCAGUGCCCUUCCCACAUGGAUGAUUGAUUGAUCACAUGGUCAAUUAGAGAGGCAGUGUGGCCAAAGGGCAGGCGCACAGACUCUGGUGUGCACUUCUACUUACUAGCUGUGUGACUCUGAGCAAGUUGCUUAAGUUCUCUGACCUCCCCAUAAAUGAGGGAUUAUCAUGGCACCUCCCUGAGAGGCCUAUUUUGUAAUUAAAUGAGAUAAUGCAUGUGAACAGGUGCUCAUUUCAGAACUUCACACAUACAGUUGUUAUUUCCUUUGUCUAUACUCUAUUUCAUUGGUUCAUUUUCAUUCAAAUUUCAUUAUAGGAUUUUUCCUUCUAUUUCCAAAAUAGUUUCAAUUUAAGUUGUUAGGGUGCUGGAAUUCUGGCAUAAGCCAGUCACACCUCAUGAAAAUUGACACACAGUUGCGACCCUUGUCCAUCCUCGGGACAGAAGGGGGCAGUCCUGUUGCCUUCCUCCAAGUCAGCUUUCGGCUAGUGCACGUUCCUGGGCAGUACUGUCCUCCGUACUGCUGUUUUAACCAGACAGCUAACAGACCCGAGGUGGUUCCAAAUAACUGACAUUGGUGGAAUAUUUUUCCAAGCAGAGUGUUACUAAAAGCAUAAAUAUUCAGAAGUAUCUCCUUCUCCUUCAGUGGCUCAAAAUCCAGCCAUUCCCCCUUGGUUUGAGUCCUCAGAGGGUGGGACUGACAGGGGGCAAGGAACAAUUAUUGCAACUAAAUUUUAAUCAACAGUUUCAGUGACAAUAUUGAAUUAAAAAGUUACUAGCUACAGGUUAGAACAUGGCUUAGCUCAAACAGGGGCAAAUCAGUCAUUCUGUGGUGAUUAACAUCUAUUCAGAACAGAGAAUGUAUUAUGGGUACUAAAUUAUCCUAGGAAUUAAUGAAGUCUUUUUAAAGGGCUUAAAAUAUGUUAAUAAAUACAGUAUUCCAGCACCUGCAGCUCAAGGAACCAAAGUCAUUAAAUUAUAUUUAUUAUUACAGGGAUCUAGGUGGGGGGAAAAACAGUUUAAUGAGCAUGAAUGAAACAAGGGUUUUUUAUUUAAAACUUCUUACCUAAAGAAAGUGUUCCUUUUGAGGACCUAUUGUAUAGAAUCAGUGAGUGAGAGAACUAUAUACAAAAUAAAUCAGGGACAAUAAUUUUCUAACCUUUGGGCAAUGAACUUCAGGGUCCACUGAGGACACUGCAAACUCUCUACUCUCUUCCUAUUGAACUUAACGUGGGAUUCAGCUUUCCCCUCUCUGCCUGCCACUUCUUUAGCUUCAGUUUCCACCACCUUCACAUUCAUGCUCCACCCAAGAGCCAUACCCUCCUUGCAGUUUCUCAAACAUAUGAAACUCUCUUCUACCUCAAGGCCUUAGAGCAUGCCUUUACCACUGCAUGACAUUUAUUUUGCAACAAUUCAUUAGUGCAUUGCCAGGUUUUGUCCUAAACAAAUUUUAAGUAUUAGCUAAUUUAAUCCCUGCAGCAGCCUACUGGACUGGGUCCCAUGAUUAUCUCCAUUUUAUAGACAGAGAAAUGAGUCAGAGAUAGGUUAAGUGCUUGCCUUAGGCCCUGCUGACCUGAGGUCUCUUCACCACAAAGCUGUGCAGCCUCUUUGUGACUAUCAUCCCUCAGACCUCAGCCUAGAUGUCCCUGGCACCUUUAUCUAAAGUUACUCCCCACCACCCCCAUUCAUCUCUUUCAGGAUCCAGUUUCACCACUUAAAAUGAUUACAUGUACUUGCAUUUUAGUUGUCAUUUCCCUUCUCUGGCACUACCAUCCUGUCCAUGAAGGCAGCGACUGUUUUUCCUUGAUGCUGUAUUCCCAACUCUAUAAAAGUAACUGACAUUUAACAAAUACUGAUGUGUAUUUGUUUAAUGGGUCCUCGAAUUCACUGUUUGUUGUCUGUAGCCAGAGUAAAUGAUAUUUUUCAUUCGUCUUUUUUCAAAUUUUCAGGAAGAGAGGGUAGCUCUCUUUCUGUGAUUAAAUAUCUUCUAGUCAAUUGAUAUAAAAAUGAAAGCUAGCAUAAUCAUUUUUAUAUUAAGUCUGGGUUCUGAUACAUGAAAGGUUGGAAAUUGAUGACUAGGUAUGGCUCCUAUUUGACAGGUAAAGGGUCAGAGAACCUGAACCAAGAAACCACUUGUUCUAGGCCGGGAGCUGGUCAGGACAUUGCACAAGAGCAGACCCUGGCCCUCCUAGCUGUGGGCCAGUGUUGUUUCUGCCCAUCUGCCUUGCUCAUUUGGCCACAUAGGCUGAUAGCAUCGAGAGAAACCCAUUAGAAACAGAAGAGCUUUCUCAGCCUGACGUUUGCUGUUACUAAGAACAUGGUGCUUGGCAGGUCUGCAGCAGUAGACUGAAGCUCUCUUAUUUUCUUAAAUCUUGGGGUGUUUGAGGUGAAAAUUAACUGUCUGCCUAUCCUUGUGGUGGAAUGCAUUUGAAACGCUAUUUCCUGCUAUGAAGUGAAAGAAGAAAAACAAACAAACACACAUUUGGAAUUAAAACUGGAAGUCCCAGAGCUACACAUCACGCCUAGAGGGAGAUGCCAACCUUAGAGAAAUUGCCCCAUUUUCCUGGUUUGCCAGCUUGGUAAGGAUACAGUCUGGCUACUAAAAUCCCCAGCACCAUGAUUCUCUACCCCUUAGGUGCCAUGGCCCACAUUAUGAAUCUGAUUAAAAGUUUUGGGCUAUAUGCCCAGAGAAAAGGAAUAUGUACAAAAGUGAAACAUUUUGCACAUUAUUUCAGGGAACUUAUGGACACUCCUUUUGUCCAUUUCUCGGAUCUCUAGAGGCCUAUGGAUUCCAGCUUAAGAAGUCCUAGUAGCACAUAGCACAUAAUAUUAGUUAAUUAGAAAAUCUAAUAUUUAUUAAGUUCUUGUUAUAUAUUAAACACUUGACUGAUUAUACAUUUUUUCUUUAUUUAUAUUCAUAUAUUUAACUUCAUCCUCAAGUAUCACAACUGUUCCCAUUUUACAGAUGAGAAAACUGAGACUCAGAAAAGCUAAAGAAACUGGAAAGUAUUGGAGCCUGGAUUAGAACCCAGAUGAUUGGUUGCCCAAGCCACACAAAGGUGGGGGUAUGGAAAGUUUACACAGAGUAGCCCUUCACCAGCUUGUAUGUAAUGCCAUGAUAAAUCCUGUGGUAGAAAAUAAAGGCUAAUUAAGCAGAACAACUUCAGAGUGUCAGUGAAGCCUACAAAGGGCUAGGGACUCCCUACUGUACAUCUUUCAGCUCCUCGUGGAGAAGCAAUCAGAAUGGUUUCAGGCCAGCUCCAUCCAGGAAUUGCCUCCAUCCUCCUACCUAUUGGAGCACUGGGAUUUCUAGGGGCUUGACAUCCUUAACCCACUUGGAUGGAGCUGACAGUCCUUAUGUUUUUUAACAGCCUGUAUUCAUAUUACUCUUAGUUUGAGAAUGUCUGUCAUCAAAUGGGCAGUUGGGUCCUGCCUGUCUGAAUGUGAAACCCUCUUGGGAAUGUUCAGAACCAACUGGAUUGUCAACACACUUUAUAAGAAGCUAUUAGUGUGAGGUGUGUUCAAUUAUUUCUUGCUUUCCUCAAGAGAAUAAACAGUGAACCCAUCAGAAGUUGCUUGAGAAUGUCCCUUUGACCAAAGGAAGAAGUCAUUUUUACUUAGGCAUGAGUCUUAUUUAGCAAGAUGGAACUAAUAACUAAUGGAUUUGUAUAUCUCUGUGUUUACAAGGCUUUACCUAAGCAUUUUAUCUUUAUAAAUUAGUGCUGGUCUAGGCCUCUGACUGGGCACUGAGAUUAAAGAAGUGAAUCAGAUAUAGCCUCUGGCCCCAAGGAGCUUACAGUCCAGGAAAAAGGCAGGAGGUGUAAACCCAUCAGUGUAAUGUGUGGUGGGAUGUGACAUAAUGUGCAGACAAAGGAGCAGGUGGUUGGCUCAUGUUCAAAAGUUUAUGACUGGCCACAGGGACAGACUUAGCGAAGCAGCUAAGAACAGUAUAUUCCCCCAAACAAGGAUUCUCAGACCUGACUGGACGUCACAAUGCCCCAGAGGGAUGGUUAAGACACAAAUUGUUGAGCACCAGCCCACAUUUCUAUUUCAGUGGGUCUGGGAUGGGUCUCGACCUGCAUUUUUAACAAGUUCUCAGACAGUGGUGUCGCUGCUGGUCUGUGGACCACACUGGGAGAACCAUUUGUCUAGCCAUGCCAGAGAAAAGAUAAUAGAGAAAAUACUCAUUGUUUUUAGUUUUUACUCCCUUUAAUUUUAAAAUACAUCACUCCGCCCUUUCUUUGUCUUGCUCUAAUGUUGUGAGUUUCCUUAUGACUAUGUGUCCUUGUUAUUCUUUGAAAUUGUAGCUCUGUCGUGUUCUGUAAGAUUGCUUUCUUUUGUCUUUUUUUAAGUACCUGACUUCAGCCUCUCAUAGGUAGAAACAGCAGGAUACUAUGAAAAAUGAUAAGCCACUUAUAUGAAUUAUGAGUUACAUGAAUUCUUAAGGAUGUGAGUCUGUGGGUAUGCAUUUAUUCUAAAGUCACUCUGUGGUCAGCACUGUUUCUCACAAAAUACUCUGGACCUGUGGGAGGAUAAUUAAAUGAAGAAGGUAGUCAAAUUUCAGAUCUAGUUUUACAUAUCCUCAGGUCAUUUCAGACACCGUAGGGGCUAAAUUAUAUUCCAAGGGGAUCAGGAGAGAAGAGGACACCCGAGAAAGCCUAACACAGGGACAACACGGCAGCCUUUUCAUAAACAAAAUCACGUUGUUAGCUACCUGCAAUGGAAAAUAUGAACUCAUGUCAGAAAACAAUACCAAGUCCCUAUUAAUGAUUCUCUUUUCCUUUAUUCUUUUGGUCCAUUGUGCACAGGAAAUAAGAACCUUGUGGACAGAAAGAUCAUCAUUUGUCAAUCCUUUUGCAGCAAUUUUCCCGACAGUUCUUUCAGCUCUAAGUGCUUUUAAAUAUCUGUCAGUAUCAUCUAACAGCUUUCAUGGGAGGGGAAAACAACGACGCCUGUUUGCUGCAUAAGAAUGAGCCGAGUGGCUUUUGCCUUUCUGGACCACAGUGAACAUGAUGGUUCUGUCCAUAUGUGGAUUUCCACUUGCAGCUGUGCAGUUAUUGUUUGCACUUAGACCUUAAGUUGUCUGUAAUUUUUAUGUGUGUAGGAAUGAUGCCAAUUGAGAGAGAGAAUGAACCAAAAAAUAUAUAUAUUUAGCGUCUCGGAGAUGAGACAAGUCAAUAAACAGCUUGAUUACUAAUUCAUUCAGGAACAAAAAUAAUGGCUUUCUAAACGGAAACGACCAAAUCCAAUAACUAACUGUUUGUCAGGGCAGUAAUAAUGGUAUUUGUAUCUCUUUUAAUUGGCUUUAACCUUUCCCUUCAUGUGUGCAGUAUUAAAAAUUUAAAGAGGAAAGUAUUUAGAGGCAUAGAUUUACAGCACUGCGUGGAUUACAUGCUUUUUAAUGAGGUCAGGACAAUAAACCAUCUGAGCAGAACUUGCUGCCCAGUGAUGAAUUACUCCCCUCUACAAUAGACAGACUACAGCGAGCGUGUGAGCACACCCACAUGUUCACAGGCCCAUCUGUGCAGACCAAGUGAUUCUCGGCUUGGCUGUUGAGCUCACACAGGGUGUUUCCAGUUACAAGGAGUGUCAAGACAUUUUCAAAAUACAGCGCCGUGACCUACUGUGUGGAAAGGCGAAAGCUGCAGUGUUUCUCUCAGAUACUCAUGUAUGUCUGUUUAGUACAAGUAUAUAUGCAAGGAUGGGUGGAUGGAAGGAAGGGAAGGAGGGGGAGAGAAAGAGGGGAGGAAAUAAAGAGAAGAAAGGGAGGGAGGGAGAGAACUACAGAUGAUUUGGAAGGCACCCACAGCAGUGUGCUAGAGAUGGCUCAUACUGACUUGUACAACCUUUCCUGAUUCUAUCAUGUCUAUAGCUUACAAUUCUAGCUGAUGAGCGUAUUACCCCACAGAUAUCAGCAAAUACUAUAAAUCAGACCUUUUUUUUUUCCCUAGAAAGCCAAUUGUUCAGCAUUUAUCAGCACACCACUGGACAUGCAACAAACCAUCCAGUUAUAUCUAGAAAGUCGUCCCAUUCCACCUACAUCCUCGUCUAGCCUCCUUCCAUCUGCUCAGCUGCCUAGCUCCCAUAAUCCUCCACCAGUUAGCUGCCAGAUGCCAUUGCUAGACAGCAACACCUCCCAUCAAAUCAUGGACACCAACCCUGAUGAGGAAUUCUCCCCCAAUUCAUACCUGCUCAGAGCAUGCUCAGGGCCCCAGCAGGCCUCCAGCAGUGGUCCUCCAAAUCACCACAGCCAGUCCACCCUGCGGCCCCCUCUGCCACCGCCUCACAACCACACUCUGUCUCAUCACCACUCCUCCGCCAACUCCCUCAACAGGAACUCGCUGACCAACCGGCGGAGUCAGAUCCAUGCCCCGGCUCCCGCGCCCAAUGACCUGGCCACCACGCCGGAGUCUGUCCAGCUUCAGGACAGCUGGGUGCUGAACAGCAACGUGCCACUGGAGACCAGGCACUUUCUCUUCAAGACCUCCUCGGGGAGCACGCCCCUCUUCAGCAGCUCUUCCCCGGGCUACCCUCUGACCUCAGGGACCGUUUACACGCCGCCGCCCCGCCUGCUGCCCCGGAAUACCUUCUCCAGGAAGGCCUUCAAGCUGAAGAAGCCCUCCAAAUACUGCAGCUGGAAAUGCGCCGCGCUGUCCGCCAUCGCCGCGGCCCUCCUCCUGGCGAUUCUGCUGGCCUAUUUCAUAGCAAUGCAUCUGCUCGGACUCAAUUGGCAACUGCAGCCGGCAGAUGGACACACCUUUAACAAUGGGAUGAGGACCGGCCUACCAGGAAACGAUGAUGUGGCAACAAUGCCAUCUGGAGGCAAAGGGCCCUGGUCACUGAGAAACAGCAGCAUAGACAGUGGUGAAGCAGAAGUUGGUCGGCGAGUGACCCAAGAAGUCCCACCAGGCGUAUUUUGGAGGUCACAGAUUCACAUCAGUCAACCCCAGUUCUUAAAGUUCAACAUCUCCCUCGGGAAGGAUGCUCUCUUUGGUGUUUACAUAAGAAGGGGACUUCCACCAUCUCAUGCCCAGUAUGAUUUCAUGGAGCGUCUGGAUGGGAAAGAGAAAUGGAGUGUGGUCGAGUCGCCCAGGGAACGCCGGAGCAUACAGACCCUGGUUCAGAAUGAAGCCGUGUUUGUGCAGUACCUGGAUGUGGGCCUGUGGCACCUGGCCUUCUACAAUGAUGGGAAAGACAAAGAGAUGGUUUCCUUCAACACUGUUGUUCUUGAUUCAGUUCAGGACUGUCCACGUAAUUGCCAUGGGAAUGGUGAAUGUGUGUCCGGGCUGUGUCACUGCUUCCCAGGAUUUCUAGGAGCAGACUGUGCUAAAGCCGCCUGCCCCGUCCUGUGCAGCGGGAACGGACAGUACUCUAAAGGGACAUGCCAGUGCUACAGUGGCUGGAAAGGUGCGGAGUGUGAUGUGCCCAUGAGUCAGUGCAUCGAUCCUUCGUGUGGGGGCCACGGCUCCUGCAUUGAUGGGAACUGCGUCUGCUCUGCUGGCUACAAAGGCGAGCACUGUGAGGAAGUCGAUUGCUUGGAUCCUACCUGCUCUAGCCAUGGGGUCUGUGUAAAUGGAGAAUGCCUUUGCAGCCCCGGCUGGGGUGGUCUAAACUGCGAGCUGGCAAGGGUCCAGUGCCCGGACCAGUGCAGUGGGCAUGGCACUUACCUCCCUGACACGGGCCUCUGCAGCUGCGAUCCCAACUGGAUGGGUCCCGACUGCUCCGUUGAAGUGUGCUCAGUAGACUGUGGCACUCACGGCGUCUGCAUCGGGGGAGCCUGCCGCUGUGAAGAGGGCUGGACAGGCGCAGCUUGUGACCAGCGCGCGUGCCACCCCCGCUGCAUUGAGCACGGGACCUGUAAAGAUGGCAAAUGUGAAUGCCGAGAGGGCUGGAAUGGUGAACACUGCACCAUUGGUAGGCAAACGGCAGGCACCGAAACAGAUGGCUGCCCUGAUUUGUGCAAUGGCAAUGGGAGAUGCACACUAGGUCAGAACAGCUGGCAGUGUGUCUGCCAGACCGGCUGGAGAGGGCCCGGAUGCAACGUUGCCAUGGAAACCUCCUGUGCUGAUAACAAGGAUAAUGAAGGAGAUGGCCUGGUGGAUUGUCUGGACCCUGACUGCUGCCUGCAGUCAGCCUGUCAGAACAGUCUGCUCUGCCGGGGCUCUCGGGACCCCCUGGACAUCAUUCAGCAGGGCCAGACAGACUCCCCCACAGUGAAGUCCUUCUAUGACCGCAUCAAGCUCUUGGCUGGCAAAGACAGCACCCACAUCAUUCCUGGAGACAAUCCCUUCAACAGCAGCUUGGUUUCUCUCAUCCGAGGCCAAGUAGUAACCACAGAUGGGACUCCCCUGGUUGGUGUGAAUGUAUCUUUUGUCAAGUACCCAAAAUAUGGCUAUACCAUCACCCGCCAAGAUGGCACGUUUGACUUGAUCGCGAACGGGGGCGCCUCCUUGACCCUGCACUUCGAGCGAGCCCCAUUCAUGAGCCAGGAGCGCACCGUGUGGCUGCCGUGGAAUAGCUUUUAUGCCACGGACACCCUGGUGAUGAAGACCGAGGAGAACUCCAUCCCCAGCUGUGACCUGAGUGGCUUUCUCCGGCCAGAUCCCAUCAUCAUCGCCUCCCCGCUGUCCACCUUCUUCAGUGCUGCCCCUGCGCAGAAUCCCAUCGUGCCUGAGACCCAGGUUCUUCAUGAAGAAAUUGAACUCCCUGGCUCCAAUGUGAAGCUUCGCUACCUGAGCUCCAGGACUGCAGGCUACAAGUCCCUGCUGAAGAUCACCAUGACCCAGUCCACGGUGCCCCUGAACCUGAUCAAGGUCCAUCUGAUGGUAGCUGUAGAGGGACAUCUCUUCCAGAAAUCAUUCCAGGCCUCUCCCAACCUCGCCUACACCUUCAUAUGGGACAAGACGGAUGCAUACGGCCAAAGGGUUUAUGGACUCUCUGAUGCUGUUGUGUCUGUUGGGUUUGAAUAUGAGACCUGCCCCAGUCUAAUCCUGUGGGAGAAAAGAACAGCCCUCCUUCAGGGAUUUGAGUUGGAUCCUUCUAACCUCGGCGGUUGGUCCCUGGAUAAACAUCACAUCCUCAAUGUUAAAAGUGGAAUCCUGCACAAGGGCACCGGGGAGAACCAGUUCCUGGCUCAGCAGCCUGCCAUCAUCACCAGCAUCAUGGGCAACGGCCGCCGCCGGAGCAUUUCCUGUCCCAGCUGCACUGGCCUGGCUGAAGGCAACAAGCUGCUGGCCCCGGUAGCUCUGGCUGUGGGAACCGAUGGCAGCCUCUUUGUUGGUGACUUCAAUUACAUCCGGCGCAUCUUCCCCUCUCGAAACGUGACCAGCAUCUUGGAGUUACGAAAUAAAGAGUUUAAACAUAGCAACAACCCAGCACACAAGUACUAUUUGGCAGUGGACCCUGUGUCCGGCUCUCUCUUCGUGUCUGACACCAACAGUCGGCGCAUCUCCCGAGUCAAGUCUCUGAGUGGAGCUAAAGACCUGGCUGGGAACUCGGAAGUCGUGGCGGGGACUGGAGAACAGUGCUUGCCCUUCGAUGAGGCCCGCUGCGGGGACGGAGGGAAGGCAGUCGAUGCGACCCUGAUGAGCCCGCGAGGUAUUGCAGUAGACAAGAAUGGGCUGAUGUACUUUGUUGAUGCCACCAUGAUCCGGAAGGUCGACCAGAAUGGAAUCAUCUCCACCUUGCUAGGCUCCAACGACCUCACAGCUGUCCGGCCACUGAGCUGUGACUCCAGCAUGGACGUGGCCCAGGUUCGCCUAGAGUGGCCAACAGACCUUGCUGUCAACCCCAUGGACAACUCCCUGUAUGUUCUAGAGAACAAUGUCAUCCUUCGCAUCACUGAGAACCAUCAAGUCAGCAUCAUUGCGGGACGUCCCAUGCACUGCCAGGUUCCUGGCAUUGACUAUUCGCUCAGCAAACUAGCCAUUCACUCUGCUCUGGAGUCAGCCAGUGCCAUUGCCAUUUCUCACACUGGGGUCCUGUAUAUCACCGAGACAGAUGAGAAGAAGAUUAACCGUCUACGCCAGGUAACGACCAAUGGGGAGAUCUGCCUUCUAGCCGGGGCAGCCUCAGACUGUGACUGCAAAAACGAUGUCAAUUGCAACUGCUACUCAGGAGAUGAUGCCUAUGCGACGGAUGCCAUUUUGAAUUCCCCAUCAUCCUUAGCUGUAGCUCCAGAUGGUACCAUCUACAUUGCAGACCUUGGAAAUAUUCGGAUCAGGGCGGUCAGCAAGAACAAGCCCAUUCUUAACGCUUUCAACCAGUAUGAGGCUGCAUCCCCUGGAGAACAGGAGUUGUACGUCUUCAAUGCUGAUGGCAUCCACCAGUACACUGUGAGCCUGGUGACAGGGGAGUACUUGUACAAUUUCACAUACAGUACUGACAAUGAUAUCACUGAGUUGAUUGACAAUAAUGGAAAUUCCCUGAAGAUCCGUCGGGACAGCAGUGGCAUGCCUCGCCACCUGCUCAUGCCCGACAGCCAGAUAAUCACCCUCACAGUGGGUACCAAUGGAGGUCUCAAAGUUGUGUCCACACAGAACCUGGAGCUUGGCCUCAUGACCUAUGAUGGGAACACUGGCCUCCUAGCCACCAAGAGUGAUGAAACAGGCUGGACAACUUUCUAUGACUAUGACCACGAGGGCCGCCUGACCAAUGUGACACGCCCCACAGGGGUGGUGACCAGUCUGCACCGGGAAAUGGAGAAAUCCAUCACCAUCGACAUUGAGAACUCCAACCGUGAUGAUGAUGUCACUGUCAUUACCAACCUGUCUUCGGUGGAGGCCUCCUACACUGUGGUACAAGAUCAAGUGCGGAACAGCUACCAGCUGUGUAAUAACGGCACCCUGAGGGUGAUGUACGCCAAUGGGAUGGGCGUCAGCUUCCACAGCGAGCCCCACGUCCUCGCAGGCACCAUCACCCCCACCAUCGGGCGCUGCAACAUCUCCCUGCCCAUGGAGAAUGGCCUAAACUCCAUUGAGUGGCGCCUAAGAAAGGAACAGAUUAAAGGCAAAGUCACCAUCUUUGGCAGGAAGCUCCGGGUCCAUGGGAGAAAUCUCUUGUCCAUUGACUAUGACCGGAAUAUUCGUACAGAAAAGAUCUAUGAUGAUCACCGGAAGUUCACCCUGAGGAUCAUUUAUGACCAGGUGGGCCGCCCCUUCCUCUGGCUCCCCAGCAGCGGGCUGGCAGCCGUCAAUGUCUCGUAUUUCUUCAAUGGGCGCUUGGCUGGCCUUCAGCGUGGGGCCAUGAGCGAGAGGACAGACAUCGACAAGCAAGGCCGGAUCGUGUCUCGCAUGUUUGCCGACGGCAAAAUGUGGAGUUACUCCUACCUUGACAAGUCCAUGGUCCUCCUGCUCCAGAGUCAGCGUCAGUACGUAUUUGAGUAUGACUCCUCUGACCGUCUCCACGCCGUCACCAUGCCCAGCGUCGCCCGGCACAGCGUGUCUACCCACACCUCCAUUGGCUACAUCCGCAACAUCUACAACCCACCUGAAAGCAAUGCCUCCGUCAUCUUUGACUACAGUGAUGAUGGCCGCAUCCUGAAGACAUCCUUUUUGGGCACUGGGCGCCAGGUAUUCUAUAAGUAUGGGAAACUCUCCAAGUUAUCAGAGAUUGUCUAUGACAGUACUGCUGUCACUUUUGGGUAUGAUGAGACUACUGGUGUUUUAAAAAUGGUCAGCCUCCAGAGUGGGGGCUUCUCCUGCACCAUCAGGUACCGGAAGAUCGGCCCCCUCGUAGACAAGCAGAUCUACAGGUUCUCUGAGGAAGGCAUGGUCAAUGCCAGGUUUGACUACACCUAUCAUGACAACAGCUUCCGGAUUGCAAGCAUCAAGCCUGUCAUAAGUGAGACUCCCCUUCCCGUUGACCUCUACCGCUAUGACGAGAUUUCCGGCAAAGUGGAACACUUCGGCAAGUUCGGAGUCAUCUAUUAUGAUAUCAACCAGAUCAUCACCACUGCCGUGAUGACCCUCAGCAAACACUUUGACACACACGGGAGGAUCAAGGAAGUCCAGUAUGAGAUGUUCCGCUCCCUCAUGUACUGGAUGACAGUGCAGUACGACAGCAUGGGAAGGGUGAUCAAGAGGGAGCUAAAACUGGGGCCCUAUGCCAACACCACCAAGUACACCUAUGACUAUGAUGGGGACGGGCAGCUCCAGAGUGUGGCCGUCAAUGACCGCCCAACCUGGCGCUAUAGUUAUGACCUCAACGGCAACCUCCACUUGCUGAACCCAGGCAAUAGUGUGCGCCUUAUGCCCUUGCGCUAUGACCUCCGGGAUCGGAUAACCAGACUCGGCGACGUGCAAUACAAAAUUGACGAUGAUGGCUAUCUGUGCCAACGAGGGGCUGACAUCUUUGAGUACAAUUCCAAGGGCCUCCUAACAAGAGCCUACAACAAGGCCAGUGGGUGGAGUGUCCAGUACCGCUAUGACGGCGUGGGACGGCGGGCUUCCUACAAGACCAACCUGGGCCACCACCUGCAGUAUUUCUACUCUGACCUCCACAACCCUACUCGCAUCACCCACGUCUACAAUCACUCCAACUCAGAGAUAACCUCACUCUACUAUGACCUCCAGGGCCACCUCUUUGCCAUGGAGAGCAGCAGUGGGGAGGAGUACUACGUUGCCUCAGAUAACACAGGGACUCCCCUGGCUGUGUUCAGCAUCAAUGGUCUCAUGAUAAAACAGUUGCAAUACACAGCCUAUGGGGAGAUUUACCAUGACUCCAACCCUGACUUCCAGAUGGUCAUCGGCUUCCAUGGGGGACUCUACGAUCCCCUGACCAAGCUGGUCCACUUCACUCAGCGUGAUUAUGACGUGCUGGCAGGGCGAUGGACCUCUCCCGACUACACUGUGUGGAAAAAUGUGGGCAAGGAGCCAGCCCCCUUUAACCUGUAUAUGUUCAAGAGCAACAAUCCUCUCAGCAAUGAGCUGGAUUUGAAGAACUACGUGACAGAUGUGAAAAGCUGGCUUGUGAUGUUUGGAUUUCAGCUUAGCAACAUAAUUCCUGGCUUCCCAAGAGCCAAAAUGUAUUUUGUGCCUCCUCCCUAUGAAUUGUCAGAGAGUCAAGCAAGUGAGAAUGGACAGCUCAUUACAGGCGUCCAGCAGGCAACAGAGAGGCAUAAUCAGGCCUUUAUGGCUCUUGAAGGGCAAGUCAUAUCUAAAAAGCUCCACGCCAACAUUCGAGAGAAAGCAGGCCACUGGUUUGCCACCACCACGCCCAUCAUUGGCAAAGGCAUCAUGUUUGCCAUCAAAGAAGGGCAGGUGACCACCGGCGUGUCCAGCAUCGCCAGUGAGGAUAGCCGCAAGGUGGCUUCUGUGCUGAACAAUGCCUACUACCUGGACAAGAUGCACUACAGCAUCGAGGGCAAGGACACCCACUACUUCGUGAAGAUUGGCUCGGCCGAUGGUGACCUGGUCACACUGGGCACCACCAUCGGCCGCAAGGUGCUGGAGAGCGGGGUGAAUGUGACCGUGUCACAGCCCACACUGCUGGUCAAUGGCAGGACUCGAAGGUUCACCAACAUUGAAUUCCAGUACUCCACGCUGCUGCUCAGCAUUCGCUACGGCCUCACCCCCGACACCCUGGACGAAGAGAAAGCCCGAGUCCUGGACCAGGCGAGACAGAGGGCCCUGGGCACUGCCUGGGCCAAGGAGCAGCAGAAAGCCAGGGAUGGCAGAGAGGGCAGCCGCCUGUGGACCGAGGGCGAGAAGCAGCAGCUCCUGAGCACGGGCCGCGUGCAGGGUUACGAGGGCUAUUAUGUGCUUCCCGUAGAGCAGUACCCAGAGCUCGCAGACAGUAGCAGUAACAUCCAGUUCUUAAGACAGAACGAGAUGGGAAAGAGGUAACAGAACAAUGUGCUGCCAUUCCGUCUGGAUGGCUCAGCGGGAGCGACUGCCACCUCCUCUCCUAAGGAGAUGAAGACCUACCAGGGGCACUGAGGCCGGGCUGCUUCAGGACACCAAGUGGCAAGAAAGCUCACAUUUUUUGAGUUCAAAUGCUACUGUCCAAACGAGAAGUCUCACAUCCUGAAGUAGACUCAAGCCUGGCUGGAAAUUCUGAGGAAAUCAAAAAACAAACGAAUGAAUGAACAAACACACAAAAUGUUCCAAGUUCCCCUAAAAUAUGACCCACUUGUUCUGGGUCUACACAGAAGAGAGACAAAGAGAGAUGUAAAACGUCCAAAAGGAACAAAAGAACGACAACAAAAAACAAUCAAACCACAAAACACGAAACACAAAACAAACACACGGACCGAAAAACAAAGAAAUGAAGACGAGCAGGCCUCACGUUCUAUUACCUCACCCAUCCACACGUGAGUGGCGCAGAGACAUCCGAGAGGCCGGCGUCCCCAGACCAGCUGAGGAACGCGUCUCAGACUGCUUGUUGGACAAGUAUCACAGACGUUUUCGUUUAAACAAAUACAGGUGCAUUUAAAACAUGACUUCGGGGGUGAUUUGUGUGUAGCGACUGGGGAGGGGGGAUAAAAGUGGAAGAGCGAGCACUGGAAAUACUUUUUAAAGAGAAAAACCACAAAAAAAAAAAGGAAAUUUAAUAUCAAAAAUCAAAGUGAAAUAAUACCGUUCAGCACUUAAUUCUCAGGUCCCAACUUAGUCUGGCCUGAGCUAAUUUAUUUGAGCGCAGAGUGUAAAAUUUAAUUCAAAAUGGUGGCUAUAAUCACUACAGAUAAAUUUCAUACUCUUUUGUCUUUGAAGAUUCCAUUGUGGACAGUAAUACGCAGUUACAGGGUGUAGUCUGUUUAGAUUCCGUAGUUCGUGGGUAUCAGUUGCAGUAGAGGCGUGGCGUUGUGACACUCUUUUGCUAACGGGCACCACUUCAGAUCACCCUGUACAUACAUAAGCCUCAAGGCACAAUCACUGUUUCAGAUUUAAAAUUAUUAGUGUGUUUGUUUGGUCCAGAAACUGAGACAAUCACAUGACAGUCACCACGAGGAGAGAAAAUAAAAAUUUAAAAAAAAACUAAAAAAAACUAAAAAAAAAAACUAAAAACAAAAACAAAAAAAAAAUGUCUAAUAAGACCUUUGGUACAGGAACUUUUUUGUAAUAUACAUGUAUGAAUUGUUCAUCGAGUUUUUAUAUUAAUUUUAAUUUGCUGCUAAGCAAAGACUAGGGACAGGCAAAGAUAAUUUAUGGCAAAGUGUUUAAAUUGUUUAUACAUAAAUAAAGUCUCUAAAACUCCUGUG